UUAUUUUGCAGGGCUUCUUAUAAUUGCGUCAAAAUUUGCACAUUCACCGCGGAUAGGCAGUGUCCGAUUCCCUGUAAAGAAGCGACACCACCUACCGCUAGGCGUCACAAAGCCGCGGCAGUAGGGAAUCCCGUCGAUCGUUAGACAUCACAAGACCAUGGGUGAGGCAGAAGCAGUCAAGAUCUUUGCGCGCCUUCCGAGCUACAACCCGUUUGUCGGCACAUUCCAUCAUGCACCUAGUGCAGGCAACCGCGGCGCCGCGUACUUUGCGCACGACAUCGUGGGUGUCGCGGAACUCGAAGAACGCAAGAAGUUUCGAAACAACCCGCUCACUGGCACCUUCCAUGCGUUGCCGGGGUACUACGAUCCCCUCCAUGGCCUCAAGCAGUUGCGACAGAGCGACCCGACGUUGGACACGGCCGUUGGAGAUUCCGACUCGAUAUGCUCGUCCGAAAACAACCAAGACGACGCGAACAAGGAGUUUGUUGCCGUGGACAUGGACGACACCGUCGAUUGUUCCAUCGCCGCCAGUCAUGAUGCGUCCGCUCCAAUGUCCCUACCCCUCAACUUGGCACGAAGCUUCCGCCGCCGCCGAGGUCAGAAAGUGACAGAGAAAUUCCCACACCGGUCCACCCACGACAACAUGCAUCCGUACGAAUCCCGUCGCAAGUCGGCCUCAUCCAGCACCCGCAUCCGAUGCUUCAGCGACUCGGACGUGUCGUUCAAGCCUCGCCAUGUCGUCUACCCGUACGCCGAUGCCCGCGUGUCUGCGCUAUCUCCGUCGUCCAAGCGGUCAUCGACGUUGGCCACGGACGUGUCCAUGUCGUCACUCGAGCGACCUCGAUCGUCAUCAGUAUCAUCAUGCGGCACCUCCGAGAACGGGCGGUUGUCGAGUACUUUGACCAACAACAACAACAGCAGCCACGACGAGGACGACGACGAUAGCAUUAUGCUGCUGGACGAACAUGAUCAGUCGGAUCAAGAAGACUACACCCGCCACCACCACAUGUACCGCCACUACUCUGAGAGCGACGCCACUCCGUCCUCCCUUGACAUCCUCACCCCGCUGGUUGUGAAGAAGGUCGCCAACGACACGGCGGACCUCGUGGACGGGUACGUGUCGACAGGCAAGGGGAUCUACCGCAAGUGCGGCUUCCGCACAGUGGAUACGCCUCCGUCCCCGUCAUCAGCCGGUGCUCCUUCGUUUCGCCACCAGUCUAGUGGCCCCUUCGACCAGCUGCAACCAUCCGCCGCGACCGAUGACUGCGACGAGUACGAGCAAGGGGCGCCCAAGGUACCGUCCAACCCGUUCGUUGCCCGCCGCCUCGUGGACGAACAGAACAAGCUCCGUCUCAUGAGCAUCAACCGCAGCAUCCCGCGGCUGCCGCAGACUGUCAUGCUGGAAAAGUCUCCCAAAGGAGGAAGCACCAAGCCGUGCCCGGCCGAGACUUACUUUAUCAAUCCAUUCUUCAUCCAUGAACUGGCAGUCACGGAGCACUAUGAACUGUGCGGCGAGGACCAGCUUGGAGACGGCGCGUACGCGGUGGUCAAGCCCGCGAUCCGCCGCAGCAACGGCACCCAGGUCGCAAUCAAGCAGGUCCACAAGCGGUACCUCUUGACGGACCAGGCCAAGGCCGCGGUGAAAACCGAAGUGGAAAUCCACCUCCGGCUACAGCACCGCAACAUUGUGCGGCUGCUCGAAGUGUACGAGACGGAAUCGUUUUUGUACUUGGUCAUGGAAAAGGCUCGCCACGGUACGCUCAAGCAACUGCUCAUGAAGGAGCGCCGGUUCCCCGAGGCGCUGGCAGCCAAGCUCGCCCACCAGAUCGUGCGCGGAAUCUUCUUUAUGCACGAGUCGGGGGUCGUCCACUGCGACAUCAAGCCCGAAAACGUACUGCUCACCGACGCCGCUGGCCCCCAUACUGGCGGGUCGUCCGCCGCUACCUCCAACAAUCCCGACGUCAAAGCGUGGGACCUCAAGGUCGAGCUGUGCGACUUUGGCCUGAGCGUCAAGGUGCCAGACGUUCGCUUCUUCAAACAUACGGGGGAUGUGCAUAAAGUCCCGUUCAACGGACUCACGGGGUCGGUGGGGUACAUGGCACCCGAGCUGUUUCAGUCGCAGCCGUACGGCAAGCCCGUCGACUUGUGGAGCGUCGGCAUCAUUCUGUACGAAAUGCUCACGGGGUACCAGCCAUUCUACCCCCCCAGCAUUUGCGUGGACGAACCCGCCGAGUUUACCCCGCGGAUAUGGAAAAAGUUUAGCGCUGAAGCAGCCGACUUGGUGGCGCACCUGCUGGAACGAGAUCCCACUAAGCGGUUCACGGUCGAGCAAGCGCUCACGCAUCCAUGGUUUGACAGCGCUGUGUUUGGUAAAACAACGUAACUAGUAAUAAAUAAUAAAACAUGUCGUAAAUUACAA